CCACCACUGAUCACUUGGCUCAUCACUGUCAAACAAAUCAUCUACACAAACAAUGGCUGGUUCUAAAGGAAAAGUCUGUCUCGCAUACUCGGGUGGUCUCGACACCUCCGUCAUCCUUGCUUGGCUUCUCGAGCAGGGAUACGAAGUUAUUGCCUUCAUGGCCGACAUUGGCCAGGAGGAGGACUUCGAGGCCGCUCGUGCUAAGGCUUUGAAGAUCGGUGCCACCAAGUACGUCUUGGUUGACGUCCGCCGGGAAUUCAUUGAGGAGCUUUGCUUCCCUGCCAUCCAGACCAACGCUAUCUACGAGAACGUCUACCUUCUCGGAACCUCGCUCGCUCGUCCUAUCAUUGCUCGUGCCCAGAUCAAGGUUGCCGAGGAGGAGGGCUGCUUUGCUGUCACCCACGGCUGCACCGGAAAGGGCAACGAUCAGGUUCGAUUCGAGCUUUCGUUCUACGCUCUCCAGCCCAACAUCAAGUGCAUCACCCCAUGGCGUCUGCCCGAGUUCUUCAACCGAUUCGCCGGUCGCUCUGCUCUUCUUGCCUACGCCGCCGAGAAGGGUAUCCCCGUCCAGCAGACUGCUGCUAAGCCCUGGAGUACCGACGAGAACUUGGCCCAUAUCUCAUUUGAGGCUGGUAUUCUCGAGGACCCCAACACCACUCCCCCCAAGGACAUGUGGAAGCUCACUGUCGACCCCCAGGACGCCCCCGACAAGCCGGAGGAGUUCACUCUCAUCUUUGAGAAGGGUAUCCCCGUCAAGCUCAUCUACGAGAACGGCAAGGAGGCCACCGACCCCGUCGACCUCUUCCUCACCGCCAACGCCAUCGCCCGCCGCAACGGUGUCGGCCGUAUCGACAUUGUCGAGAACCGCUUCAUCGGUCUCAAGUCCCGUGGCUGCUACGAGACUCCCGGUCUCACCAUCUUGCGCUCGGCUCACAUCGAUCUCGAGGGCCUUGUCCUCGACCGUGAGGUCCGCGCUAUCCGUGAUCAGUUCGUCACCACCACUUUCUCCAAACAGCUCUACAACGGCAUGUACUUCACCCCCGAGUGCGAGUACGUUCGUUCGAUGAUUGCGCCUUCGCAGAAGAACGUCAACGGCCAGGUCCGAUGCGCCGUCUACAAGGGCAACUUCAUCGUCCUCGGCCGCUCGUCCGAGACCGAGAAGCUCUACGACGCCAGCGAGAGUUCGAUGGAUGAGAUCGGUGACUUUGAGCCUACCGACGCCUCCGGAUUCAUCGCCGUCCAGGCCAUCCGCUUGAAGAAGUACGGUCGCUCCAAGCACGAGAAGGGAGAGGCUUACUAAGUGCUGAAAAUUUGGAAGUCUUCUGAUUUUGGCUUUACAUUGCUUGCUUAUAUCGGUGGCCGCCUAUCGGCUUGUAGAAGUGGUAUAAAUAAUUUUAAUACAUGAAUUUCUUUAG